AAACCAAAAAUAAAUUAAUUGCACAGAGUCGAUUAAUUAAUCGCUACACAUUUUUUUGUACAAAUUUUUGUUAAUAAUUUUUUCAGCGGAGCUUUCGGCAAAGGAGUAAUACUAAACAAAUAAAUAUAAAUAAAGAACAACAAGUAGACGACGAGGAACCUCAACGAUGGGCAACAUACACACGACGGGUCCCAAUGAGGCGUUAAUUGUUUCAGGUGGCUGCUGCGGAUCGACCAAGAAGCGUACGAUCGUGGGCGGAUGGGCGUGGGCGUGGUGGCUGGUGACCGACGUGCAGCGACUGUCCCUCAACGUGAUGACCCUCAAUCCGAUGUGCGAGAACGUGGAGACCUCGCAGGGUGUGCCACUGACGGUGACUGGAGUGGCCCAGUGCAAGAUCAUGAAGUCAUCUUCGUAUAAGCAUAACGAUUAUAAUAACGACGAGGCCGACGAGCUUCUAGGCACUGCCAGCGAGCAAUUUCUGGGCAAGAGCGUCAAGGAGAUCAAGCAGACGAUCCUGCAGACCCUCGAAGGACAUCUGAGGGCUAUAUUGGGAACGCUUACAGUCGAAGAGGUGUACAAGGACCGCGACCAGUUCGCGGCCUUGGUCCGCGAGGUGGCCGCUCCUGACGUGGGUCGCAUGGGCAUCGAGAUUCUGUCGUUCACCAUCAAGGAUGUCUACGACGAUGUGCAGUACCUGGCCUCGCUGGGCAAGGCCCAGACGGCGGUGGUCAAGCGCGAUGCCGAUGCCGGAGUGGCGGAGGCCAACCGAGAUGCCGGCAUCCGUGAGGCAGAGUGCGAGAAGAGCGCCAUGGACGUGAAGUACUCGACGGACACGAAGAUCGAGGACAACACUAGGAUGUACAAGCUGCAGAAGGCCAACUUCGAUCAGGAGAUCAACACGGCCAAGGCCGAGUCGCAGCUGGCCUACGAACUGCAGGCGGCCAAGAUCCGGCAGCGCAUUCGUAACGAGGAGAUCCAGAUCGAGGUGGUGGAGCGGCGCAAGCAGAUCGAGAUCGAGUCGCAGGAGGUGCAGCGCAAGGAUCGCGAGCUCACCGGCACCGUCAAGCUGCCCGCCGAGGCGGAGGCCUUCCGCCUCCAGACCCUCGCCCAGGCCAAGCAAUGCCAGACCAUCGAGAGUGCUCGUGCCGAGGCGGAGCGUAUCCGGAAGAUUGGAUCUGCGGAGGCCCAUGCCAUCGAGUUGGUGGGCAAGGCGGAGGCAGAGCGCAUGCGGAUGAAGGCCCAUGUGUAUAAGCAGUACGGCGACGCUGCCAUCAUGAACAUUGUGCUCGAAUCGCUGCCGAAGAUUGCCGCCGAGGUGGCUGCACCGCUGGCCAAGACAGAGGAGAUUGUCCUGAUCGGCGGCAACGAUAAUAUUACCAACGACGUGACCCGCUUGGUGGCCCAGCUACCGCCCUCGAUCAACGCCCUGACUGGAGUGGAUCUAUCCAAGGUUCUUUCCAAGAUUCCCGGGGCCAAGGCGUGAAACCUAAUGGAGUGGGAGAUCCAGCAAAUGGCAAUGACAACGUAACGCAGCGCAAAGGAAUUGUAACCGAUCAAAAACAAACCGAUGGGGAUGGAACGAAAAAAUGAGAAAGAGACGGCAGAAGAGCGAAAGAAAAGGACGGCGAUAGUGUGCUAGAGAGGGAGCGGGCAUUUGUUAGAGCGAGACAGCAGCAAACUGAACGAGAAGCUCACAGCUUGAGUUUCAAAAUGCAAUCGAACGUAGCAAAAUGUACUCCGAUAUUAUAUUUAUAUAUAUAUAUAUAUAUAUUUGUAUAUGUAUAUGCACACAUACAAUACACACAUACACUUGUCUCGUCUGUGUGGUGUGCCAGUGUGUGUGUGUGUGAUGUUUGCCCGCGUAACAAUCAAAAAGCAAAAAAAAAACCAACGUUAAUCUCAGCUAAAGUUAUGCAUUUCGUACGCAACAUUUUGUGGCCUUUUCUCUCAAAAACGAAAAACCGAUAACGAUAACAAAAAUCAACGUGAAAUUUGUAUAACUUUAAAGCGAAAACCAUUUAAGCAGAGUGUUAGCUAUUUAUUUAUUAAACUAUAUAUACUAUAUACUUGCAGACUUGCUAUACACAAAGAGUUCUUCUAAGAAACAACAUAAAAUUUCAUGACAAACAGUGUUGUAAAGCUGUAUAUCAAUUUACAGUGUUGUCCGGGUAGUCUUUCUCUUUCUUUCUCAUACAAAUUCGAUUUGCUAAAGGAAUUUUCAUCUGUCCAAACUACAACUACUGCCUAUCGACUAAGGCCAAAUCUAUAAGCUAGGGAAAUGGAAAGAGAGAGAAAGAGUACUUAAUAUGCUGCCGAUCGAUCAUAAAAUUCAAGGGCCAAUCUCAAGUCUUUAAUAUCAAGAAAAUCUUUAUCAGAGCUUAUAAGAUGUGCAAUAUUAUUAAUUCUAAUUUAAAUCAAUGAAGAUAUAAGAUCAAUUAUUAGACGUCCCGUUUGGAAAUAUUUUUAAGUAAAGAUAUUUGUUUUCUGUCCUCUAUAAUGUUAUAUGUUAAUUGCUACUUUCAGACAUUUUUGACAAUUCAUUUAGAAUUUUAUUAUAACCUAAACUUUCCCGCAUUUGAGUUAACUCUUAUAUGCUUUAUCUGAAUUUUGUUAGUAGUUCUGUUUUUCCCGGAACGUGCCAUAUAGGGUUACAAAUUGACAGAUAUGUUUUCGUUAGAUGCUUCAAUUUUUAUUUUCAUUAAAUAACGUUUCAAUUUUUGUUGACUCUUAAUAAUGUCUGAUAAAUUGCUAGAAAUACCAAAUCAAACAUAAUAUUUUACUCGAUCGAUUGAAAUGGCAUUUGAUAAAUACCACAUAUAUAACUUUACAACACAGUUUCCUCUGCAGUUGGCGCUCUUCCAAAACUCACAUACACACACUAACCAACACACAAACAUGCGUUUGGAUUUUUGUAUUUACUUUAGUGCACAAAGAGAAAUGAAUAUACAUUUGUUUGUUAUAAUUCAGUGACAUCCUAUACAAAAAAACAUUCAUAUAAGUAUGUCUGUCUCGCUUAAUAUAUAUUUUUUCAUGUUUAUUUUUUAUAUAAUAACACAUAUUUACCUACGAAUAUGCAUUUACAAGUUUUGUACUUUAAUCUUACACUGUUUAAUUUAUAGCAAAAGCAACAAAAUAAAAAACAAACAUUUUUGUUAUUUACUUACAUCUAACUGGAAUUUUCAUAGUUAAGAAAAUAUUUCAGUCCUUUUAUUUUGCUAGAGUAAUUACCCCUAAUUUUUGUAAACACUACUCCAAAUCACACCCACACCCAUUAGACACACACACUCACACCCACAUAUAUAUUUUUUUUCUAUUGUAUAUUAAGUGCAAGUAAUUUUAAAUGUAGCGCAGUGUGAAAGAUAAACAGAACAUGAACCACAACCAACGGAAAAACUAACUAAAAGCUAAACCUAAAUAAAUAAAAUGUAAAAUUUUGUGUAUUUUGUCGUAAAUAAAUAAAUUGAAAAAUA